AUGAUGGCAGCUCCAGUGAUUUCCGCUCCAGCUUUAAGGUUUGUGUGUUUCACUUAUAUAUUUAUUAUCGAGGUCAUGAGAGAUAGAGCAAAAAAUGUUAUUUUAACGUUGUAAACUAAAUGUGUGAACCUGCAGUCCCAUGUUAGUAAAAUUAUCACAUAAACCUUUGUUGCAUGAAACUGGUUUUACAUUUUAGAGCUGAAUCUACAAACCUGUGAUCUAAGGUUAUACUGAUGACAACAGGCUUAAUGAAUCUGCUCUUCACUGUUACUUACUGUAGAAAAAACAAGAGUUAACUGUGUUUUUACUGUAGAAACUGAGAAGGCUGUUGGCUGAUCAAAACAUUUGACACCAAAUGAACAGCAACAGAUGUUUGCCAUACAAACUGUCUUUUACUGGUUAGACAGAAAAUAAUAAUAAUAUUUAGGAGUAUCCUGGGUUACAAAGGUGUCCCUAAAAGUAGCCAGUAGGCUCCUUAAAAUGUUUAAUUUUACUUGGUUUUAGCUUCUAUAAAUUGUCGUCUAUUUUUAUGUUUUUAAUCAGUUCAAUUGAACUCAUCAGCUUAAUUAUUUCAAAGAUACAUUUAAUAACACCAAAAGAUUUUAUCUUAAAAUGGUUCGUCCUGUUCACCUGUCCUGUCGACUGUGUUACGAGUGAUUUUUACAUCAUAAAUCUCUUAAAUGUUGAAUAAACUGUUAUAAAAGGAAGAAGGAUAUCUCUGGAGUGGGAAGGCUUAUAAAAGAAUGGUGAAUAACUCUAAAUUCAGUGUAAUGUGAAUUUACGUUGAGAAAGGUUGCAUUCUACAUCAAAGUAUCCCAUAACGUCACCAUUAUGAAGCUCAAAAUUCACAUUUUUAAGUCAGUUGGACAGAUAAACUCGAAACCCAGGUGUACAGACUCAAACACUUUCAAACAAACGUGUUAUCAAAUCUUUAGUAUUUUAUACACGUUUUAUAUGACACAACAUUUGUCCGUAACACAGUUGCAAAAUGAUGAAUCAAGUGUUAAUUUUCGGUAAAAUAAUUUAAAAGCCAUUUGAGCUUAAGCUUGCCGAUUAAUUGAUUUAGCACAUUAAGGGUGUAUAUCAUAGAAACAUCUAGUUUAUUUAUCAAAAAGAAUCCUGAUAUUUGGAGUUUUUGGUGAACUUGAAAUGUACCCCUAAUUCUAGAAUAACUCAUGUGGAAAAAAUGUCAAGUUUCAGUCCACACUAUUCACCCCAUUUUGUCUUAACCCUCGUGGAAAUUAUACAUCUUUGUACAACUCUGAUCAGUUUUUUUCCACGCCAUAUUUCACUUUAGUCAAAAGCAACGCAAGGCUGCUCUCAGGAAAGAGAGAAGGAAACGGAAACGCCAAGCGCUCGCCCAAGCCAGAGCAUGUGGUAAGAUGACUGUUGUGUCAGACCCUGUGCCCAAUUUGCUAACAUACAGUUAUACCUGCUCAUGAACCACUACAUUAUUUCAACUUUUACAGGUUUAAACAAUGAAGUUAUCAAUGGACCUGCUGAUGAAGAGGGAAUACAGGAGGAGGAUGAAGAGGAUAAUGAUACAACUGAGCAGGAAAGGUAGGUUUCUGCCCACUGUUACUCUGCUGUCCUUUAGUUGUUCCUACAGAAAUCUUGACCCCACAGAGUUUGAUAUGUAUUUUGUUGUUUUGGUCUGAUGUGUUUUCUAAGACUGCAGCUUCAUGAAGAGUGGUUGGAAAGAGAGAAGAAAGCUCAGGAGGAAUUCAGACUGAGGUGUGAGAGGGAGGAAGCUGCACGAAAGAGGAAAGAAGAGGAAGAGGUAAACCAAUAAGUGCAAUCUGCACUUAAAUCCAGAUAUAUCAGCACAUAGCAAAUAAAGCAGGUUUUUAUGUGUUCAUAUCACUAAGAUUUGAUUUAGUUGGUAAUGUUUUACUGAUGUUCUACAGCCUGAUUGCCAAAACUAAAAAUCGAUUGAUCCCUCCAAGUCAGAUUUUUCUUGCUAUAAGUUCUUGAUUCACGCAACAGAUAAACAUUGUUUCCCAAAUCAUACUGAUUUCCCACGCUGUUGCUCAGAGGUGAACAGUCUUUGAUUGAAGCAACUCCCUCAGCUGGUCUUCGGUGUCACUCUUGAUCAGUUGUGGCCGGUUUAGCAUAUUUCAUUACUACUCCAUCUGUAAGCCAACAUAAGCUGAGCUGUUCGACUGACUGAAAUGUUCAUAUUUUCGGGAAUUUGUCUUUUGUUUCCACAGCGGAUGAUAAAGGAGGAAUGGGAGGCCCAGCAGAGAAGAGAACAAGAAGAAAGAGAGCAGAAACAGCAGGAGAAGCGAGGCAGAGAGGUGAAACGUGCACCAGGAGGAUAGAAACUAAAGAAAUAUAUCCUCUUCUAUUCAAUCUUAUGGAUUCAGAUUAUUUAUCUAAGAGGGCGGUUCAGAUAAUUAAGGAUAUCUCAAAAGCUCAGUGUUCCUCUGAUGUGUUUUUACUUGUACACGGCUCUGUAAAAAUUCCUUGACUGAGUGGCACAAGCAACCAUCCAUCUCCUUAACUAAGAAACACACAAAGAGAAAAACCUCAACUGUCACAACAAGGAUGUAUCUUUUGAACAAUGUGAAAACACUCUGUGGACGGGGUUUCCUUAAGACCAGAAGUUAUGUGACGUCAGUAUUUGUAAAUGUGAUCUUAACACGCCGUAACAGACAUGCUGCAGUAUGUUGACCUCUACUCGUUUUCACCAGCCGUGUCUUUACACCAUUUGUAGGAGGCUGUUCAGAAAAUGUUGGAUGAAGCGGAAAAUCAGGUAAAAACACCCAUUUUUUUAAAACAAUAUGUAUAUAUUUUUUUUGCCAUUUACAUCUAUAGUUUUUUUUUUUUUAUUUUGAACUCUCUUUAAUAAAUGUAAGGCUUAGAUAAAAAACACUUCAAUCAAUAUUUUGUAAUUUUAUUUUCUUUUAAAUCACAAGUUUUACUUUUUUUUUUAACUAGUAACUUUUCUCACUAAAUUGUGAACUCAACUGCCCACAACAUUUUUAUUGCAUAAUCAAAUUUACUAUUUAUUCCAACCAGAAAUAUUAAGAUAUAUUUUUACAUUUUAAGACCAAGUAUAUUUGGUCGUCAUAUUGUUUAAACUUUAAAGUAUCAAUAUUGUUUUUGGACUUUUCUUCUACCACCUGUGGAUUGUAUUCAUUCUGUCAGUGCUGACAGAGUGUUCUUUUAGUUUGCCGUCUGUAUUCACAUCAGGUUUUGUUCAUUGUUCUGAACUGUAGUUAGAGAAUGGAGGACCUUGGAUGAAUCCUGAGGCUCCUGUGACAGAAAACUCUGACAACUUUGGAACAGAGCGCGAUGUCGCCAACUGUCCUUUCUUCCUGAAAACUGGAGCCUGUCGAUUUGGAGACAGGUACUUUUUGCUUUCUCUUCUCUGCUCUAAAUGACCCAACUUAUUGUUUUAAAAGCCACUGUUUAGACUCAUUACAGCAUUGAACUUGUAUUUCAGUAUCCUCUUUUUUUGCCUGUGUGAAACCAGGUGUUCUCGGAAGCAUGUCUAUCCAACAUCGAGCCCGACUCUGUUGAUUCGCGGCAUGUUUAGGACAUUCGGCAUGGAGGAGUCUCGCCGCGAUGAUUAUGACACUGAUGCUUGGUUGGAGCACAGUGAGGAGGAGCUGCAGGAGUCUUUCGUUGAGUUCUAUCAUGACGUCCUGCCGGAGUUAAAGAGCGUCGGCAAGGUUUUGCAGUUCAAGGUGAGACGAGACUAUGACAGUUUUGUGUCCAGCUCUCUUGGCUUCAUUCUUCUUUCAAUCUGGUGCUGGUUGAAACUGCUGAAAUCUAACUACCACUGAGAUGCUACUUGGUUUUGUUGGUGUUUUUUUUUUUGUUGUAGGUUAGCUGCAACUAUGAACCACACCUGAGGGGAAACGUAUACAUCCAGUUUGAUACGUAAGUAUCCUGCAAAAGUUCUACAAUUGAGAUACUGGAGUUUUUAAGAUUUUACAUUUAACAUAUUCAGUUCUUGUUCCCUUAACUCUCAUCUCUCGUCUGUCCAGAGAUGAGCAAUGUAAAGAAGCUUUAAUCAAGUUUAACGGGCGGUGGUACGCAGGGCGGCAGCUUCACUGUGAAGUUUGCCCCGUUACGCGAUGGAAGAACGCUAUUUGUGGUUAGUAUCUUACUAAUGUUGACAGAAAAGAUGCUGUUAAAUGCAGCCGUAUUACAUUAUCAGAUUCACAACCUUGUGUCUCUUUUUCCUGUCUCAGGAUUGUUUGACAGGCAGAAGUGCCCAAAAGGAAAGCACUGUAAUUUCCUGCAUGUAUUCAGAAACCCCGGCAAUGAAUUCUGGCAGGCCGAUAGGGACUUGCAUUUGUCUCCAGACCGCAGUGUGAAGGGCAGCCGAAGGGACGGGUGGCAGUCAGAGCGCUACGGAGACCGAUCCUGGAGGCAGCGUCACGGUAGCAGAAGUCCACCACGAUCUGAGAGAUCCUACAGCAGGCGAGACAGCGACAGGAGGAGGAGCAGGAGCAGAGAGAGGAGAGCCUCCCUCCAUCACAGAGAGGACAGAUGGUCGUCCAGGUCUAGACACAGCGAGAGGAGUAAUAGGUAUCGGAGCAGGAGCAGAGAAAGAACAAGGAGUAGAAGUAGAGACAGAGACAGGCAGAGGAAUAGGAGCAAAGAAAAAGACAGAGAGCGCACGAAGAAGAGAAGUAAAGAGAGAGACAGUAAAGACAGAGAUACAGACACCCAGAGACAAGCAAAAGAGAAAUCCAGAAGCUCGAGCACAGAGAGGGAGAGAAAGAAGCAGAGUAGAGAGAGAAGCCCCAAGAAACCAGAUCAAAAUGAAGAAACCACCAAAGAUGAUCUGAUCACGAACCGCAGCCGCCACAAAAAGUCCAAGAAGAGCAAGAAGAAGAGCAAGAAGAAAAGCAAGAAGAGAAAGAAUCACGCGCCUGAAGGAACAAGCUCAUCUGAAGAAUCAGGGAAGGAAAAAGACUCAAACGAAGAGACGGGUGCAGCGAGUCCAAGUCAGGAGAUAAAAGACACUGAACGUAUUCAGAAAAACACAGACCUGGAUCAAAGUUCAGUGGUUGACAGCGAGGAAAAGUUAGAUGCUGAAGUGAAAAGUAAGGAAUCUGACACAGAAACACAAAGUGGAUUAGGUGAAGAGGGUAGUUUUAGCUCCUGA